CCAUUAUUAGUCCACCGUAGGAUCUUCCAAACUCAUUGGAGAAUCAAAUUCACUGUUCCUUAUGCACAGUUGCCUUUUCAACACUGAGCCAGUUAUUAGAGAGAGAGAGAGAGAGAGAGAGAGAGAGAGAGAGAACUACUUGUGCUGUCCAUUUACACAGAAAAAGAAAAAUUCAAAGGGCAAAAAAGAAAGUCUGUAAGUGAAGGUGCAAAAAUAAUGCUACCUUUCCUUCAGUCAAUUCCUGGUUGGGUUUCUUGUGUGUUUGCAGUCUGUUUACAGAGAUGGUAAUGGGUAAUGCCAGUGGUAGAAAAGAUGGAGAAGGCCCUUCUGAAGUUUACAACUUUCAAGGGGAUGAUGGAUAUGUAGAACCCAUGGCUCACUCUCCUCCCCAUAGCCCCAGAGCUUUCCACCCAUCUCUCUUCUUCACUUCACAAAAUCCUAGGGACCCCUUACCAAGACCUGCUGAGGCAUUAUCACAACAUUCAGUUUAUAAUGAAUAUGUACACAACGAGAAAUUGAUACGGGCAAAGAUAUCAUGGAACCAUGGUGGUAGGCAAGUUGCUAUCACAGGAUCAUGGGAUAAUUGGGAGACCAGUGAACUCAUGCAGAGUAUUGGCACAGAUUUCGUCAUCUUAAAGUUGCUUCCAUCAGGUCUCUACCAGUACCGCUUCAUUGUUGACGGGAGUUUGAGAUGUGCUGCAGACUUGCCAUGGGUCUAUGAUAAUUCAGGGAGUGCCUAUAAUGUUUUGGACUUGCAGGAAUGUGUUUCAGAUUUGCGUGAGCGUCUCGCAAAGUUCGAAUCUCCUCCAUCCCCACCUUCAAGCUAUGAUAACAGGCGCUUAAGUGAAGAUGAUUUCAGUAAACCUCCGCCAGAAGUACCCCCACAGCUACAAGAAGCAUUUUUAAACAAGCCAUCCUCCUCAAAUGGUGGUGACCAGCCAUUGCCAAUGCCUCAUCAUUCACAAUUGAACCAUUUGCACAUCCAGAACCAUGUUGGUGGCAAGUUUUUUGCACUCAGCUCUACACAUAGGUUUCGUCAAAAACUUGUUACGGCGGUAUUAUACAAGCCAUUGAGAAGAGCAAAUCAUUAGUUCUUUUUAUCUUAUUAUGGGAGUAGAGAAUAUUUUAUAGAUGUAAUAUUGAUUAGAGGAUUGUAAUGAUUCAGUAGGUUGAGAAAGCAGUUAAU